CGUUUACACAAGGGAUGGAAAUUCUUAAUCAGCAGACGCGGUCUGACGUACACGUUGUGAACCUCCAGAGUGAAAUUGUCACCAAGCCUUCACCGGGAAUGAGGAAUGCCAUGCAUAUGGCAGCUGCUGAAGUCGGGGAUGAUGUCAUGAGGGAGGAUCCAACAGUUUAUGCUCUGCAGGAGAGAAUUGCCAAACUUUUUGAAAAGGAAGCAGCAUUAUUUUUUCCUACUGGUACAAUGGGAAACCUUGCUUCAAUUUUGACUCACUGUCCAGAGAGAGGCUUGGAAAUUAUCCUGGGUCAUAAAAGUCAUCUUUUUACUCAUAGACAAGGAAAUGUAGCACAGUUUGGUGGGUUGCUGACCUCUGUGGUAGAGAACAAUGAGGAUGGGACGAUGGACCUGGACAAGAUCAGGGAGAGGAUUCGAGUCAGUGACGACCCCCACUUCCCCUACACCAGGCUGAUCUGUGUAGAAAACACUCAUAAUUACUGCGGAGGGAAAGUCGUACCGGUGUCUUAUAUGAAAAAGGUAUAUGAACUAGCUCAGGAAUAUGGUAUGAAGGUCCACCUUGAUGGAGCGAGGUUGAUGCAUGCUGCAACUGUCCUGGGGGUCAAGCCAGCGGAGAUCACAAGAUAUGCAGACUCCGUUAACAUGUGCUUCAACAAGGGACUUGGUUGUCCAGUGGGAUCAAUCAUAGCUGGGACAAGUGAUUUUAUUAAGAUAGCCAAGAGGAGAAGAAAGGCCCUGGGAGUGGACAUGCAUCAUCCGGGUGUUCUUGCAGCAGCUGCCAUGUACUCACUGGACCAUGUCCUUCCCAAACUCUCAGAGGACCACAUCAAGGCUCAACAGAUUACAAAUGCCAUCAAGUCAGCACCACAGACCGUUGUUCAUGUAAAUCAUGAAACCGUGGAAACCAACAUCGUCUUCCUGACAGUGACAAAACCUGGCGUCACGGCAAUACAGCUGUAUGGCAGGCUGCUUCAGGUGACAGAUGAAGAGAGGAGGGAGCUGGGGGAGGGAAUCAUCGUGAAGACAAUCCCGUACUCUGACACACUAAUAAGGCUUGUCCUACACUCUGGUAUUUCCCCGGAGGACGUCAAGAAAGCCAUCAGUAAAUUAUCCUAUGUUCUACAAGAGCUAUCCUAAUUCAGUAUUACUUCAAGUCAUUUAACACAAUCUUGUAAUUUUGCAAGAAUUAUUGAUUUGCUAAGUUAUCAAAAAUAAGUUUUUAUCUAGUCAGAAUUUUAGUCAGAAGCUGAAAAGAAAAAAAUUAGAUCUGUGAUGCAUAACAUUUUUGAUAUACAUGUAAAAUGUUUAUGUUUUGAUAUUAUGGUUGUUGUUUGUUUGUUGCUAUUCGUACCAUAGUUGCUGCUUUAUAAAACAAUGUAUAAUCCUUUACAUAUCUAUUUUAGAUUUAGAAAUUUUUUUUACAGUUCACGAGAUUUUGAGAUGUUGUUAUCAUUAUUUGAAUUUUUUGUAAUUUACAUAUUAAGAUGAUGCUCAAAACAAAUUCUUUACAUCAGUAUUAUCCCAGUGAAUGUAUAUAUUCAUAAAAGUAAUGGUAAAACAUGUGUGUUUGUUAUGCAUGCAGAUUAAGUCCAUCGGUACAGGAGAUCGAUUGGUAGUUCAUUUGUUUGUGAGUGAAUGGUUGAAUUCGUGCUAAGCAUGA